AUGUGGAAGAACCCCAGCCCUGAUGACCCUAGACAGGUGGCAGUCACUGGAGCCUUGUCCCGGAGUACCAACCGCAGAAAGAGGACCAGCUUCACCAAGGAGCACGUGGCACUUCUCCGUGUCACAUUUGAGACAGAUCCUUACCCUGGCAUCAGCCUGAGAGAGAGCCUGUCUCAGAACACAGGCCUACCUGAAUCCCGCAUCCAGGUGUGGUUCCAGAACAGGAGGGCUCGGACUAUGAAGUAUAAGGGAGCUAAGGCCGUGUGGCAGUCUGACUCUGGCUUCCACUCCCCUGGUGGGUUCACCCCUGUCCAGGACACAGUUUCUCAGCACCGCACCAUGGGGACAGGGGCUACCCAGCCUGACCUGGCCCCUCUGUCCACCUCCCCCUGCCUGUCCCCUGCCUACCCCAUCCAGUUGAAGGAGGAGUUGGAUGACUUUUUCUAUGGAUGCUGCCCUUCACCCUACACUGGAGUGGAGGAGACUGGCCACUACAACUCCCUGUUCGAACUGAAGCAAGCCAGGGUGCUGGGAUACAGUGCCAGCCCACCACUGGAUAGCCCCAGGCACCAGAUGGUUCCAGGAGCCUGGCCCCAGGCGGGUGAUCAGAUGUCCCCAGUGCAGUCCACGUGGAGCCCCUUUCCUCUGGAGGUAAGGAAAUGCAGCGCAGGCUCCAGUCAGGCCUUCCUUUACCAUAGCUCAGCUGAGCAGCAGCCCCUCUACAGCAACCCCCAGGAAGCCUAUGGAGGCCCCAUUACCCAGACCCAGGCCCCAGUCACCCCGGAUUCCGGCUGCUGGGAGGUUGGACAAGAGAACACCCCUACGAUGAAAGGCCAAGGUUCACAGUUGUAUGGCUCCUGGAGCAUGGAUAUGUCUACCCCAGAAUACCCAGAGCUCCCUGUCCUGUCCCUGCAGGAUAUCCUGAGGGAGCUGGACGAAGGGUGCUGGGAGGGAAAUAGCCUGAACAGCUACCCCAAUGAGGAUAAUCUGGUUAACUGUUGAAAACUUUUUUUGGUGGAAAAACAAGAGGGUUUUACUGUAUAUCCUGUGUUGCUGGAAUGUCAACUAUGGACUACAUGUUGACAGAAAUGUUCUCAGAGAGAGAGAGAGAGAGGGGAUCAUCUUUAGGAAUUCUACAACAAUCAUAUUCAUUCUCCCUCAUGAACUUCAUCCCACUUCAUUUUACAUUAUGUAUCUAUAUAUCUAUUUAUUCAUCUUUUG